UCAGUGUUCAGGCGCUGGGCGAGUACUCAAGACGUAUUGCCGAGUGCUAUUUCGUCGGUUCGAUCAAAUAUUUCUCUCUCUACAAUAUCUAUAGAUCCGAAAAUAUAUAGCAGCACAGCUAUAGCGGGCAGAUCGGUUCAAGAGCAAGCGACAAAACACAAAAGAGUUCAUUUGGUGCGGUUUUCGGAAACAGAAACCCUUCGUAUCUCGAAACCCAGUGUUGUCAACACUGUAAUUGAUUAACUAUUUUGAAAUAUCGAAUAUCCGGAUAAUUUGAUUCUUAUCUGUUGGGAGAGACUUUCCAUCAAAGUUCGGCCGUGAUAAGUGAAAGUAACAGGCCACGAAAUGUUUCCCAACCAGAACAACGUAGCCGCGUCUGGGCCCGGCCCGGCGGCCGAUGGCCAACAGAGCCUCAACUACAACGGAUUGCCGGCCCAGCAGCAGCAACAACAACAGCAGCAGCAGCAACUGUCACAGUCUACGAAGAAUGUGCGGAAGAAACCGUAUGUGAAAAUCACUGAGCAGCCGGCGGGAAAGGCCCUGCGUUUCCGCUACGAGUGCGAGGGUCGGUCGGCGGGUUCUAUUCCCGGUGUGAACUCCACGCCGGAGAACAAGACCUACCCGACUAUUGAAAUUGUGGGCUACAAAGGACGCGCCGUGGUUGUUGUCUCGUGUGUGACCAAAGAUGUUCCGCAUCGUCCCCAUCCGCACAACUUGGUUGGCAAGGAAGGCUGCAAGAAGGGCGUCUGUACUUUGGAAAUUAACAGUGAAACCAUGAGGGCCGUUUUCAGCAAUCUGGGCAUCCAGUGUGUCAAAAAGAAGGACAUAGAGGCGGCCCUCAAGGCGCGUGAGGAGAUCCGCGUGGAUCCAUUUAAGACUGGCUUCUCGCACCGUUUCCAGCCCUCUAGCAUCGACCUGAACUCGGUCCGGUUGUGCUUUCAAGUAUUCAUGGAGAGCGAACAGAAGGGUCGCUUCACCUCGCCCCUGCCGCCGGUGGUCUCGGAGCCCAUCUUCGACAAGAAGGCCAUGUCCGACCUGGUCAUCUGCCGGCUGUGCAGCUGCUCGGCGACGGUGCUGGGCAACACCCAGAUCAUCCUGCUCUGCGAAAAGGUGGCCAAGGAAGACAUCUCCGUGCGCUUCUUCGAGGAGAAUAACGGGCAGACUGUGUGGGAGGCCUACGGGGAGUUCCAGCACACGGAUGUGCACAAGCAGACUGCCAUUGCCUUUAAGACGCCGCGAUACCACACCCUGGACAUCACAGAGCCCGCCAAGGUCUUCAUUCAGCUGAAACGACCCUCGGACGGAGUCCUCAGCGAGGCCCUGGCAUUCGAGUACGUGCCAUUGGAUUCAGGUAAACACACGUUCUGGAAUCUUCAUCGGCACCUCAAACGGAAGCCCGACGAAGAUAUUUUUCAGCAGAUCCUUUCGUUGGACGCCAAACGGGAGGCGCCUACGAUCGAGGUCAUUGAUUUAGAUACACCCAAGUUGGAGGUGCCAGUAUUGGAGGCGCCAUUUAUUAGUCAGGAGGAGCCCAUGCAAGAGGAGCCAUCUUUAGAGCAGGAAGAACUCCUCCAGCAGGAGCAACUGUUCCAGCAGGAGAAAAUUUUACAGCAAGAGGCUUAUAGCCAGGAGCCCUCGGGCCAGCAGGAGCAAGUUUUCGAUCAAGAGCAGUCAUCUAUAAUUGUCGAGCCCGAUCACGGCUCGGAUCACUCGCCCGAGGAUAUGGAGGCUGAGGCACAUCGCCUGCGUUCUGAGCAGGAAAAGGAAAUCGACACGAUCAUUGAUGAGAAGGUCCGGGAGCUGGAGCAGCUGGAGCUAGGUCAGCAGUUGGAAGCACCUCGCCCACUGUCGGCCAACGACAAGAUCACCGAGUGGAUGAAGUCCAACGAAAUUGAACAACAGCCUCAUGAGCCAAGCCCCACCAUGGAGGGUGACGUCCUGGACUCCGGCUUGGAGGUCACUCUGGACAUUACAGAGGAGGACAAGACCCUCAACGAUCUCCUGGAGCAGGUGGCAGAACUGGAUGAGAUUUACACGGACUACAAAGUCCAGAGGGACACCUACAAUAAUACUUUACAGAACGAACUGUCUGGCGUUGUUGGACCUGGACAGAAGGGAGGUCCCUUGAUGGUGGAGGACAGCUUCGACGAUGCCGCCACUUAUACCAGCCUACAGAUUGCUUUCAAGAAUCCCGUUCUCAUACCCAUGGAUGACAUAAUGCCGCCAACGCCGCCCAUGUCCCAGUGUGCCCCUGAAGAUGCUCACCAGCACUACGACCCCAUUGAGGUUAACUCGCAGUCCCAGAAAUCAGAAGCCGCCCCACCCCGGCCAGCACCGCCUCUUCCGAUGCCGGCCAUCCUGACAGUUCCGUUUCCGCCCGAGGAGGAGAAACUGCCGCCCUUGCCGCCCAAACGGAUCCGCAAGCAGGACAGCAACGCUGAGAACCGCUCAAUCGAGGCGAACACGGUCCAGGCCAGGCCCUCUACGGCGGAGUCGCCGCUGAACAAGCGCCUGCCUCCGGCGCCCACUCCCAAGAAUCCCAACUUCAACACCCUGCCCAGGCAAAAGAAGCCGGGCUUCUUUUCGAAGCUGUUCUCCCGGCGGAAGAGCAAGCCGGAGUUGGCCCAGGACCAGUGCUCGCUGCUAGACUCCAAAGCGAACAGUCGUGAGCCAAGCAUAGGACACUUCAACAUGCAGGACCCCAUGAGGGCGUCGCUCAGGUCCUCAAAGUCGGCUGCUCCCAUUAUUUCUACUCCAGCUCCCAACAAGUCCAGCCCCGUGAAGGCCAAGAAGCCCGGCUCCAAGCUGGGCAAGCCCGUGGGCCGCAGUGUGAGCAGUGUCUCCGGAAAGCGACCUGCCUACCUCAACGCCGACGUGGUGCACAUUCCCCUGAAGGGGGACAGCGCCAACAGCUUGCCCCAGCAGCACCGGAACGAGGCCUACUCCCAGUCCAGCACGAUGUCGGUUGGAACCGGUCUGGACAGACGCACAGCCUCCGCCCUCCAGCUGGCGGACAUACCGAUUAGCGAGGGCGGCAUGGAGCUGGUGGCCAUUGCCGACCGCCAGAGCCUGCACAACCUGGUCAGCUCCAUCGAGGGCCACUUCAACGUCCAGCUGGACCCCAACCUUGAUCUGACCGAGGCCGAGCACUUUGCCCUGUACACCAGUGUUCCGCCCCUGGCGGCGGCCAGUGAAUUUGACGAGACCUCCGCCUACUACGCCCCCGUGGACGCCGGGGAGAUUCUCACGCCCGAGGAGGUGGCCAAGCGGUUGGCAGCAGCCAAUGGCCUCAACUAGGCCGCCAAUUUGUUAAAACCCAUUUGUUGAUAGGCAAACGAACGAAACUCUCAAUCGAAGCAGGUCGGACACAGGCCAGGAGCCAGGGAGAGCCUUGUUUCCCUCGGCUCUGGCGUCCACUUGCGGGAGGCCAGACCUCCCGAAAAAUUUGUAUUUGUUUUAUAUUUGAUAAUUGUGCUAAAGUAUCCUUCCCCAGCAGCCAUUGAUUGGUUGAAUAUUUUGUAAGCGAUACCAGGCAUGAAACCCCAACCAAAUCUCGCCCAAAGUGGGUCGAGAAUGAUUUGUUAUUGUCCAGGUUGCCCAUUUUGAGGGUUCGAACCGAAACCAACUAUUGUAUUUAAGCAAAUGACUCAAUUUUCAGAGUAGAACAUUGCGUUAAUUGAAACCAAAUCCCGAAUCUAUGUACAACUUGUGUGUAUAUUUUGUUUUAUAGAUCCAGCGCACUUGAAGCGGAAACGUCAGAAGACUGGCGGUGAUCC